CUUUUGCAGAGAGAGCGAGCACUACUAGGGCUUGUGUUGUGGUGAUAACACGUGUAGUCGAGGGAAAGUUUCGCAAGAUCUGUCAUCUACUGAAUUAUCGAACAAUCAUCUCAUGGGGGAGGUCUCUCCAGUCCACUUCACUCUUGAGUCUUGAGUCUUGAGUCUUGACCUACCAAUCCAUAGCUACUGCCUUCAAUCUCCAUUCCCACUUACUUCCCACUACAUAGUACAAACUAUCUCUCUCUCACUUUCUAAACAAGCACCCAUGUUCUGAAUCUUGCUGCUGCUCCUUUCAUCUACCUCAAAAUCGAAUCUUUCUCUCACCUCAACCAUUCCAUUCCAUUGCGAUUUGAUCUGUUGUGCCACUUUUAAGAGUGACCGGGUCAUUUCUGGUGAUCAUUAUGUCUUACAAUCACGUCUAUCCCAGAUGUUGCACACUCUCUCCAGAACCCAACAAGCCAAACGACAAACCUUCGGGUUCGGGUGCAGGUGAAUUCAAGCUCUACCAAUUUUUCGUCUUUUGUGUCCCUAUCUUCUUCACUUUCAUCCUCCUCUUUGUCUUCUACUUGUUCUAUCUCCGCCCUCGACGUGUCAAUUGGUCCUCUAUUCGAAUGAGGACGGCUCCACAAAAUGAUGACAUUAAUGACAUUGCCACAGUUGAAUUGGGCUUGCAAAAAGAACACAGAGAGAUGCUACCCAUUGUUGUAUAUAACGAAAGCUUCUCUGUCAGAGAUACACAAUGUGCAGUAUGCCUGGGGGACUAUCAAUCAGAUGAUAGGCUUCAACAAAUACCAGCCUGUGGCCACACGUUUCACAUUGCUUGCAUUGAUAGCUGGCUAUCCAUGCACACCACCUGUCCACUCUGCCGCUUAUCCCUCCUUUCGUCUCAUAAAUCCCAAAAUGAAUCACCUGAUGUAACUCUAGAAUUGAGUCAUGCGUCUUCUGUUGCAGAGAAUGAUGCACCAUCUCUUGCACCGACACCUCAAGCUUGUGAAGAAACAGAAGCUUCACAGUUCUCUGGGUUAAGGAAUGGGGAACCAAGAACUGUCCAAAACAGUUCUGAAGAAGAUGCAAGAGGUUGUCAAUGUGCAGAUCACACCAGAGAAUUAAGGGAUGCCAGAAUUGAAAAUGAAGUGCAUGAGCAUAGUGGUGGAUCUUCUGCCUGACAGGUCAAUUACAUUGAGGCAACGGAGCUAACAACACCAUCCUCCUCACACUAGUAUUCCUGAGAUGCAGCACUGAGUAUAAACGCUUCAAAAACAUGCGAUAUAUUGACAGAAUAUCUGGUUGACUUCUCCUACUGAAGGCAUUAUGCAGCUAAAGUGAAUCAUUACCACGACAUUGCAUGCUUCUGUUGAUCCGAGAAGAUGAAGAAGCUGCUCAUAAAAAAGGAUUUGCCAAAAAUGUACAAUCAGUCAUGUUUCUGUAUUAUUAUAGAAGAAUAAUAGUGACACUUAUGUCUUCAGUUUCUUUUUAUGGUCUAGGAGUAAUUUUAGGUUGUGAGCUAGUUAAGGAGAUGAGGAAGGCAGCAGCUGCUCCAUCACCUUAUGUAGGCUACCACAGCAGGCAAUGCACCAGAUGUAUAUAUCAGCAGUAGUUAUGAAGGAGCAUGUCCUCAAUUACGCAUGGAAAUUAGAUAGCAUAGUUAAAUUAGUUACAACAGGCUGUUAAUUAUUUCGUCAAACAUGUUUAUUUCCUGUUAGAUGUAUCUUGAUCAAGAUUUUUGUGA